AUGGCGGCGCGAAAACUCCAACAAGAAGUCGACAAGUGCUUCAAGAAGGUGGCGGAAGGCGUUGCCGAGUUUGAAGCCAUCUAUGAGAAGAUCGAACAGUCGACGAACCAGGCGCAGAAGGAAAAGCUAGAAGAUCAGCUCAAGCGUGAGAUCAAGAAACUACAAAGACUGCGCGACCAGAUCAAGACAUGGGCCGCCAGCAAUGACAUCAAGGACAAAGCUCCUCUCCUGGAGCAGAGGCGGCUAAUCGAGACGCAAAUGGAAAAGUUCAAGGCUGUCGAGAAAGCCAUGAAAACCAAGGCGUAUUCGAAGGAAGGACUUUCGGCGGCCGCUAAAUUGGACCCCAAAGAGCAGGCCAAGAUGGAGGCGAGCGAGUUCCUAAGUAGCAUGGUCGACGAGCUGGAGCAGCAAAUCGAGACCCUCGAGGCCGAGGGCGAAUCAAUACAGGCGACCAUGAAGAAGGGGAAGGGCCAUGCCGCCAAGGCAGACCGCAUCGCCGAGAUUGAGCGCAUCAUCGAACGACACAAGUGGCAUCAGGGUAAACUAGAACUGAUCCGGCGGUCACUCGAGAACGGGGGUGUCGAGGCCGACCAGGUCAACGAGCUGGAGGAGAACAUCAAGUACUACGUGACCGACGGCAUGAACGACGAUUUUAUGGAGGACGAGGGCAUGUACGAUGAGCUGAACCUACAAGAUGAGGAAGAUCAAUACGGCAUGAACAUCGACAAUGACAAGGGAUCCUCGCAGGAUACCCAGUCGAUACAGGACGAUGCCACUGCCGAGCCCGAGUCCAAGCCGGCGGCGGUUCUUUCCGGGAAGCAGCGCAGCGCGGUUGAUACAGUGGCAGGGUCGGCCGCCCGGCGGCCGUCAGCGCAGCUCAAAUCGCCCCUUCCUACACUCGCGACGGUGCACACCACCCCACUCCCGACCCUCAGCAGUGGCGCUUCAGGCAACGCCAACAUGAAACCGGCAGCCGUGCCAACGAGGCUCGCGGGUGAGGGCUUGAAGUAUGCCAGCGCGGCAGCGGCAGCGGCAGCCAGUGACAAGAACAGCGUUGGCAUUGCUCCAUUACCACCGCCGCCAUCGACAACCCCAAUAGUUGGUGGUGCUUCGUUAGCAUCGGCGCAAGCGAAGACGAGCGCAGCAAACUCUCCAAGUGUUGCAUCUAUACAGCCGGUGUCGCAAGAGAAGACGUCCAGCACAACUGCUGCACCGGCAACCGGGCCAACAGUGGCUCCUCAGGCGAGCAGGACGACAUCAAAGGGCAAAUCCGUGGCGCAUCCGACUGCAUCGGAUGCCGCCGAAAGCACAAGAGCGGCACGUACAAAUGGGACGGCACAUGACAUCAGGUCUGUAGAAGAGGCAGUGGAAGAAGAGGAGUCUAUAUACCACCUUCCUGCAUCUCUGCAGGAUCUGGUGGAAUCCUACGAGGUCACCAGAAAGCGGCCCGCACUACUGAAUAAUUCCGCGACGCAGAGGAUGCAGGCAUCAUCGGAGGCAAGCAAGCCCGGGAUUUUGGAUGCCGAGCCGCCGCGGAAUUACCAGCCAGACGUGAAGUUCCAUUCACAUACGAGGUUCCCGCAAGAACCGCUGACUAUCUUCGACGACCCUCGACUCUAUACACGCAUCGACCCGGAUACGCUCUUCUAUGUGUUCUACUACAAGCAGGGCACGUACCAACAGUACCUUGCCGCGAAGGCAUUGAAGGACCAGAGCUGGAGGUUCCAUAAGCAAUACCAGACCUGGUUCCAAAGGCACGAGGAACCCAAGAACAUAACGGAAGAAUUCGAGCAGGGGACAUAUCGGUUCUUCGACUAUGAAAGCACAUGGAUGAACCGGAGAAAAGCGGACUUCAAGUUUGCGUACAAGUUCCUCGAAGACGAGGUCUAA